AUGACAGCGUGGCCUGGGGCGCACUUGCCUGACAGCAUCGCCGUCCAGGACCUCUUCGACGCCGCGAGGUCCGUCGGCGAUCCGAAGGACGCACCACCGAAGCUGCUGCUGCUGGACGACUUUCUGGGCGAUUGGAUGGACACCCUCGGCAACGCGGUUGCCGUCGCCGCCACGGAUUAUUUCAUGGGGAAAGGCCUGGCAACGCUCUCGAAGAAGGGCAGGGCGAACAUUCUGCUCACCCUGCGCUACGACGGCUUUGGCGGCUGGGUGUGCGGGAAUUCCGUCCUCGACGGGUGCAGAUCUUCGACUGGGUGCGUCCAAUGGGUCACGUUGGACAGACGGGCGUGUCUCCAUCUGGACCCGCGCCAGCGAUGCCAAGUCGAAGGAGGUGGCCGCCAGCUCCGCGGAAGGCGAGGCGGCCCCCGCAGAGGCAGCGGCCAGCGCCGACGGCCUCGAGGCCGAGGAGCCCCGGCAGCUGUCGGCCGAGGGCCUUUAGUGAGAGCCCCCUGCUUACCCCCCGGGCGCUACGCCGCCGGGGGCCCGGCCGGGCGCGGGCCUACAGUGCCAGACUUCCCCCAGAUCGUGAACAGAGACGUGGCGGGAGGUUUCUGGCAAUCUUCGGCCUCCGGGGGCGCGACGGCGCCGGGGGGCCGCGCCGAGCGCGGGUUUCCACCGACCCGCGCCCCGGCCGCCCAGCCGCCGGCCAGCAGGUCGGCGCUGCUCGUGGCGCACCCGGCUGUUUUCAAAUUUUUCCGGACGAAGGGGGGAGGGAGAAGGAGCGAGUGCCAGCGCUGA